GAAGAGCAGAUGUGGGCCGCUGGUAAUCUAAUGAGAGACGUUUGCUCACCAAAAUUCCCCAAGGUUACUAAGGAAAUUGCUGAUGGUAUUAGAGAAGGCAACUUACCCAAUGAGAAGGAUCCCAAGUGUUAUGUCAAUUGUAUAUUGGAAAUGAUGCAAACGAUGAAAAAAGGCAAAUUCUUAUAUGAAGGUUCUCUAAAACAAGUUGAAAUACUAAUGCCGGAUCAUUUUAAAGACGAAUAUAGAGCAGGUUUGGCCAAAUGUAAGGAUGCUGCAGUUGGCAUUAAAAAUAACUGUGAUGCGGCUUAUGCAAUUUUCACUUGCCUUAGAUCAGAAAUUACUAGAUUUGUAUUUCCUUGAAU